AUGAAUGAGGGACGAAAAUCCAAAAGCUCGUCAAGAGCAGGUUCACCAAAAGGCAGCUUUUCAGACGAGAACGAACCUCUCUUGUCCGGGUCUGGUCCACCAUCUAGGGACUUCAGACGUCAUCCUACAACCCUAGAUGGUGCCUCUUCAAGUGUCAUAGAGAGACCGGAACGUGUCACGCAUCAUUCAUCUGACGAACCUGCAUUCAUCGAUUUCUUAUUGGAAAAGGUCAAGGAGUCGCGACUGGCGUACUGGGCCGACAAGAUCGCUGUGGAAAGCGAAGAAGAGGGUUUAACAAAUGCGCAGCUUAUGCUGCACAGCCAUGAUCUGAAGCCAGUUGAGGCCGAAAGAAGAGAAUGGGGGCCAUGGAACUUUGUAGGUUUCUGGGUUGCGGACUCGUUCAAUAUUAAUACCUGGAUGAUAUCAUCUUCCAUGAUCAGUCUCGGCGGCUUGUCAUGGUGGCAGUCCUGGAUCUGCGUGUGGCUUGGCUAUUCCAUCGCCGCUGGCUUCGUCUGCUUGACCGGGCAGAUUGGUGCAACAUACCAUAUCUCAUUCCCAGUUGUUGCCCGCUCAUCCUUCGGCAUAUGGGGAGCCCUUUGGCCAGUGUUUAACAGGGCUGCCAUAUCAUGCAUCUGGUACGGUGUGCAAGCCUGGAUCGGAGGAAGCUGCAUUCGUCUCAUGAUCUCUGCCAUCUGGCCCUCGUUCGAGAACAUACCCAACGACAUCCCGAAUUCCAGGACCAACACCCGGGACUUUCUGUCCUUUCUUGUCUUCUGGCUGAUCUCUCUACCCGCCAUCUGGUUCCCCGUCAAUAAAAUCCGCCACCUUUUCACAGCGAAAGCCCUCAUCGUCCCAACAGCCGGAAUCGCCUUCUUCAUCUGGGCCAUCAUCCGCGCCCACGGCCUCGGUCCCAUCAUCCGCCAACCCGCAACCUCAUCUGGCUCAAAGCUAGCCUGGGGAAUAAUAACAGGCGUCAUGUCCUCCAUCGCCAACUUCGCCGGCCUCAUAAUGAACGACCCCGACUUCGCACGUUUCGCCCGUCACCCCAGUGACGCCCUCUGGUCGCAACUGAUCACCAUACCGUGCGGCUUCGGCCUCACGUCUUUUAUAGGCAUCAUCGUGUCCUCAUCCUCAACCGUCAUCUUCAAAGGCGACGUGAUCUGGAACCCGCUCGACCUCUUGCACUCCUUUCUUUCCGAGGGGUCGUCCCGGGGUCGCUUAGGCGUCUUCUUCAUCGCUGCCGCGUUCGCAUUGGCGCAGCUCGGUACGAAUAUUGCUGCAAACUCCGUGUCAGCAGGCACAGACAUGACGGCCUUGCUUCCAAGAUACAUCAACAUUCGUCGCGGCGGGUACGUCUGCGCGCUGGUGGGCUUGGUCAUGUGUCCGUGGACUCUGCUGUCGACGGCGAACAACUUCACGACCUAUCUCUCCGCGUACUCCGUCUUCUUGUCUUCUGUCGCGGGAGUCAUGGUUGCAGACUAUUACUGCGUCCGCAAGGGGUACCUGCGCAUCGCAGACUUGUAUUCCGCCAGGAAGGAUUCGCCGUAUUACUUUUUGGGUGGCUGGCACUGGCGGGGUUACGCGGCGUAUCUCGCUGGCAUCGCGCCUAACAUCGCGGGCUUUGCUGGCGCAUGCGGAGCUGAUGUACCGAUUGGGGCGCAGUAUAUCUACCGAUUCAACUAUUUCGUGGGCUUCAUCGUUGCGGGUGGUGUUUACUGGGUUCUGUGCUUGUUGAGUCCUGUUCCUGCUACGAGCGAGGUGUGGAUGGAGGUUGGCUAUGAGGUAGACGAUGUGGUCGUCGCCUACGGGGAUUUUAGUGCGAGCGAAGAAGACGAGGGGAUGGGCGUUAAGGGGACUAUUAAUAAGACGUCUAAGAAGAAGGACUUGACUGUCUGA